UUGUCUGACCUCAAGGUAUCCGAAAAAGCGAGGGUGCUUUAACAAUACUUCUUGAAGUGCAGUUCUAGGAGUGGUGUCUAGUAAUAUUUAGAAAAGAUUGUUAAGUUGUGAGUUUACGAAUUGAUGCUACAUUUUUAGUGACCUCUGGACCACGGAACCAAAAAGUUUUGUUUGACAUUAAUUAAUUCUGAAUAAAUUCUCGUGACGGUGAGGGACUUUAUGUCACAAACACCUGACGGCACAACUGGAAACAAAAAACGAUUCUGUUUAGUGGACGUUCCCAUGUAUAUAAGCCACAGAGUACCAAAACUAGACCCUAACAAUGCGGUGUGCGUAUUCGCUUCUAAAAACGUAACGAACUUCACCUUCAGAUCACGGAUUUAGAAUCUGUUCCCACCUGGGCGAUCUGUGAAGAAUUUCGGCACCGUCGGUUGUGUUUUACUUUUUUUUCAUAACGUGAUCAUGGUGGACGGAAUGCUUAGCGUCCGUCAUGGCAAGACCGUGUGGUCACUCAAGUCAAUGGUCAAACGUAUAGCGACGCUUGGCGAGUCUCGGCUUGUCUUGAUGGCUGUGGACGGAGGAGAGGACGCGGACUAUGCCUUUGAGUGGUAUGCAACUCACUUCCACAAGGCGGAGAACCGACUGCUGCUCGUCCACUGCCCAGAGACCUUCGCUAACGUGACCAUGAUGAGCCCUGGCAAAGUCCAAGAACUGAUCAAAGAGUGCGAGCUGAAGAUCAAGUCGAUACAGGACAAAUAUCUGGACAAAAUGAAGGCCCUUGGGAUCCAAGGAGAGUUCGUGCGUCUGGAUGGGGACAAGCCAGGACACUCCAUCAUUGAAUGCGCCACCUCCAGAAAUGUGACCUUUAUUGUCACGGGUACUCGUGGCUUGAGCAAGAUCCGUCGCACCAUCAUGGGCAGCGUGAGUGACUACAUCAUCCACCACUCGCCCGUUCCCGUGCUCGUGUGUCGCCACAAGGAAGACCCCAAGGACGGGGACAAGAAGCAUUAAUGACCACAUCAUCGUCGGCCACGUCAACAAAUAUUGGUCCAAAAGAGGCGGAGAUGGAAGGCGGGAGGGGGGCUUAUCAAUUAGGAUUGACCGGAACUUACGAUGGCUGUAAUAAUAUGAAUAAUAGUUUUACGUACAUUCAGGUCACCCAUUAUUAAAGCAGAUCCCAGGACCGACCUAAUUAUCCAUUUAUAAUCCACUCACUCAUGACACAAACUUCAGAAAAAGCAAUAACUCGCAUCUAGACCAAUUAUUUUAAUAAUUACAGACUUUGCCCUUUCGGCGUAAAAAAAAAAUCUUGCCUUUCUUGAAAACCAAUCAUCGUAAUCAAACAAAAUGAAUACCCCCCCCCCCACCCCCUCUUUCUCUCUCCCCUUGUCUCUCCCAUUUACGACAAUUAGUAACUUAUGGUUAGUCACUAAAGUUACGUUAUAGUGAUCUUUAAUGAAAAAUAGAUUUGGAACAAGGCCCAAGGUCUGGAUAUACAUGUGCUUAAGAAGAAAGACGGAGUGAUGGAGAGAGGUAAGGAGACACAAAGGAAGAUAGUUGGUGUUUGGAAUAGGGGCCAGGUUUGGUAAAACCGAAAAAGGGGGACGGAGCGGAUAUCCUUGUUCAGUUUCAAGAAGAGUCAGGCUGUCCUGAUAUAAAUUGUUUCCUUUGGGGGCUAAACAAAAAGCACCUGCAUUGAUUUUUUUUAAAAAGAUUCUGUGCACUCUUAUGACAAGAAAAAGAUAAUAGGAUUUUGGAAGAAAAUUAUUUAUGUGGUGGUUCCUAUAAUAAUGGGGAAGAUUGUUUUCGGCAAUAGAACAACUGAGCCGUGUACAAUGCCGCAAAGUGACACGUAUUGCCAAACAGGCCUGCAGGUGAAACAUGUAAAGCGACAGAAUAGGCCAACUAUGUUUAGGAAAAAGGAGGCGAGUGUGGGGUAAUUGGGACAUUCUCACUGAUAAGCAAGAGUUACUUUUGGUCGGUGACAAAAAUUGUGUCUGUAUUAUUGUGUCCGUUUUGAACGACACAUAUUAUGAUGUAAAAUGGUAAAGGAGCCAAUGAUUUACCUGCUCCACCCUCCGACUGCCUCUGUGAAACCUUUAGUCUUUUUUCCCGCUCAUUUUGGAGCCUAUGUAGGUCUGUAAUGAGCAAAUGUGAGUGACGUGGUGACUAAAUCUGUCCUAGAUAGAAUGUCGUGACUAUAGAUUACAAAA